CAGCGCAAGCUUCUCUACGGCAUCGCCGCCUUUUUUCUCUCCUCCACCAUCGAGGCCAUGGCACUUCGCCCUUUUCCCCUCGCCGGCAUCGAAUGCCGACGCAAUCCUCCUUUUUCUGUAUCUUCCUCCGCCUCCGCAUCCGCCUCGUGCUGCUCUAAGCUUCGGUGUAAAAUGCCGUCCACCAUCGUCGAUGGCGGAGAUCUCGAGCAGAAAGGGGAAAUCCGCCUCCGCCUCGCCGCUCUUUCCCUCCAUCCCCUUCCAGUAGACGCCGCCUCCGACGAUUUUCCCUGCCAUCGAUCUUCCCUAUCGGCCGCCGUCGGACCUCCGUUGCACUCUCCCUUCUUCCAGUGGAAUCUUGAUCGAAGGCACAUCCUUCUCCUCAAUUUCACUGUUUGCGCUGCUGCGGUUUCUGCGGCGUGGAUAUUCUUCUCUGCCAUUCCGACACUUUUGGCUUUCAGAAAGGCUGCCGAGUCGAUUGAAAAGUUGUUGGAUGUCACAACAGAAGAGCUUCCUGAUACUAUGGCUGCGGUUCGAUUGUCUGGCAUGGAGAUUAGCGAUUUAACCACGGAGCUCAGCGACUUAGGCCAGGAGCUAACACAAGGUGUGAAAAAUUCAACCAGAGCAGUUCGUGUGGCCGAGGACAGGUUGCGUCGCCUUACAACAAUGAAUCCAGCAGUGACGAUGCAGGGAAAAACACCCCAGAGUGAUCAAACUGUCGAGCCUGCGGUAGCUAGAACUGCAAGAAACAUGAGAGAAGGAAUCGUGAAUGGGCGUGUGGCCUUCGGGCUAAUCUUUAGCCUCACUCAAGUUUCUCGCUGGGCAUUUAACUUUCUGACUUCAGAUGCAGGGAAGAAAUCAUCCAACAAGCAGAGUUAGGCCUAAUCUGAAAACUUCAAGGCUUGCACGAGCUACGUACUACUCUUGUUUGACAUGAUUACCACAGUUUGCUACUGUUAGAUUGAACUGCUUUUAGUUCAUCGAAGCCUCUCUUUGUUUCUUAUAUUUCCAUGGAUUAUCUAUUUUCUUUUAAAUAGCAUGAGGUGUUUGAUCCUAAUCCUUGAGCGAGGACAAGAUAUUCAUGAGCCGUUGGCUUUUUUGUUAAGAAAGGAGGUACCUUGACGCCCAUGAGGUUGCAGCCUUCCUGUGGCCGUCCAGAGCUAAUCUCUCUAAAAUAUUAUUCUUUAGAAUUGGUUAUUAGAUUUAUUAUUAAUUUAGAUUUGGUAAUUUAUUAUUAUUUACUCUUUCUAAAUAUUAGAAUAAAUUACUAGAUUUAUUAAUAAUGUUUAUAUGGAUUUGAUAUUGUCGUAUGACUUAUAUAUAGAGUCCUUUUGUACUCUUUUUUUUUUUUCCAUAUUUUCUCUAUUUCCCUAGCGCCGGUUCCUAUCACGAGCCGCCGUGAACUUGCUAGAGUCCGGGCGGCCGCUGGGCUUCUCUUUUUUGCCUUCAUUCACAUCUCUGAUCAGUAAACAUAAUAGAGGCGUCGAAGGUGUCCGUGUAUCGCGCACGUCGUAGGAUCGGAUGCGCCAGUGUGGAUUGAUUAAGAGAACUGCUGAGUGAAACGUGGCCAACAAACUUUCUUUGACGUUUGAGUAGGUUUGAAUAUACCACUCGGACCAGCAGUUGCGGACUCGCAGCUGACGUACGUUUCGACGACUAUUAACUUCCACAAAACCUCCAGGCAGAAAACAGUUUACUUCACAGUUGCAUCAAAGAUCGAUAUGUCUUUGGCACCGGUGCUUGUGAAGUCCAUCGUUCGGCCAGCGGUGCUAUUGGUUCGACGGCCGGUGGUGGCAGUGACGACAAUGCUCUACUACGGCAACGCACUCCCGAGAAACGAGAGAUUGCUUCGGCUGGUGCAUGGCGAACUGGUGGAGGAUGAGAACAAUUUCCUCUUCUGCUUCCUCAUCAACUUCUUGAAAUGUUUUUGUUGACAAUUGGACGCUUCCCAAUGCUUCCUUGUUUCUUUUUUCUAAUUUCUGAUGCUUAUGAGAUGGAUGUAACAUGGAUGAGCAAGAGAUUAAGUGCAUAAUAUGAUUCCAUUCUAGGAUGGACAAAUACUUGCCAUUCUAGGAUAGUUUCUUA